UAGGUGGGACACAGGAAGAUGAAACAGCAAAAAUGUUCUAGCAUCCCUCUUUCAUUUGGUUAGUUUAGCUACAUAAUUGAAGUGAAAAAAACUGCUCGUUACCAGGUCGUGUAAGUUGUCUAAAAGCUAGUUAUAUAAAAUGCUUCUGCAAUGUAUUAAGAGUGCCCGUAUCGUGGUCAUGGAAUUUAAAAUGGCCUUUGUCUGGCUACUUUAGCUAGGUAACGUUAGCUGAAUAACGUAGCCAACGCGUUAUGCCAUAACAGACCUAGCCAGCUUGCAUCGUCGAAUGUAACUUAGUCCAUUCUUUUCUACUAGAUUUUGUCGGUUCAAUUGAACUGUUAGGUUCGAUCCUUCAUCGACCAUGGCAUGGUUCAUAUGUGUCGUCAUACUUUUGCUCUGCUCAAAAAGUGAGCAAUGCACCACUGGAAAUGCCUCAAAACUCAUUGAGCACACAGCUGCCCAUUUUUUCGAGAAAAUGCAAUCAGGAAAGAUGUAUUUUAUAUACUUUGGAAAACAAGUCAAUCCAACCAUAGGUCUCUUCAUUGAACAGCUGGAGAAGUCUGCAGAUGUUUUAGAAGAUUACGGUAUUUCAGUUGCUAAGGUAAAUUGUACUAAUGAACACAUAGCAAAGUACUGCACUGGAGAGAAGCUGAUGAAAAAAGUUUAUUUGUUCAGGGGUGGCAAUGUCCUGAAGAGUUUCGACACAGACACAGUCUUCGACGUGAAUGCCAUAGUGUCUCACGUUCUCUUCACUGUGCUUUUUGAUGAGGUGAGGUACGUCCAUACAAUUGCUGAGCUACAGUCAGUGGAGAGGGCAGCUAAAGGCAAGGCUGAUAUUGUGCUAGGCCAUGUCCAGGUCUUGGGCUUACCAGAGCACCGAGCGUUGAUGGAGACAGCAUUUGUGUACGGAGUCAAGUACCAGUUUGUGCUGACCACAGGAGGCCCAGUGCUGACGAACAUGGGGGUGGAGGAUAUUUCAUCUCUGACAGCAGGUCUGUGGUUCCUGCACUGUAAGGGUGCAUCCCAAUCCCGGCACUCAGACCCCUGUCCACACACGGCCCUAAGGAGAGCCCUCACCACCCUCCACAUCUACACCUUCCUCCAGCUGAUGGAAGCCCCACUGGUGAGUGAGGCCUCAGUGGAGCCCUCAGAGGUGAACAUGGUCCACAGCCACCUCCAGGUGCCCCUGCUCUUCCUCUUCUCUCAGCCCCACACGGUGGCCCUUGACCGGGUCACUGCCCAAACUCUAGCCUGGAGGCUGAGAGGCCAGGUGGGCCUGGUGCUCAUCCACAGAGAGAGUCCUGAUGUAAAAAUCCCACUGGAAUACAAUGCUGCUUACAGACUACCAGGAGAGGGUUCAGAGGUCAAGUAUCUGAUUCUAAACAAUCUAGAGGAGGUUAUCGACCUGUUCAGAGAUGAGAGCACUCCGGAAGAGGAAGAGGACGAUGAUAAUUGGGCCACUCUUGAUGUGCUUGAUGAUGAGGUGGCGGAGUCUGUGUACAGAGACAGGGGCCAGAGUCUGGACAUGGAUGCUGUCACAGAACUCACUGCUGACACGUUCCACAGCGCAGUGGCAGAGAGUGACUACACGGUGGUGCUGUUUUACGUGAAAUGGGAUGCUGUCUCCAUGGCUUUCAUGCAGUCCUACAUAGAGGUGUCAGAAUCCCUAGAAGACGCUGACAUCAGCGACGUGGAGCUGGCUGUGCUGGAUUGUGGGGAGUGGACUGACGUGUGCAGCGCUCAGAAAAUCCACUCCUUUCCCACCGUCCGUCUGUACCGCCCACAGGAGCCUAGCCAGCCCUACCAAGGCAUGCUGGGUACUGAGAGCCUGAACAGGUUCAUCAUGCUGAGUCGUCUGGUGUCCCCUGUCCUCCUGUUCUCUCCUGAUGAGGUGACAUCAUUCCUGGAGGGGGACCUGUACCAGCGACAUGCAGCUAUCGCCCCUGUCACAGUACUAGGCCUGUUCAGCUCCACAGCAGACGCAGGUGUGCCAGUGUUCAAGGAAGCAGCAAAAGCACUCAGAGGAGAGACUAUGGUCGGGUUGUUUGCUGACAGACAAGCAGAAAUAUGGGCUGUGGAGUAUUCUGUGACGCUGCCUGCCAUUCUGGUGUCACGAGGACCUACAGGCCAAACUGAGGCUCAUUCUCUCAACCUCUCCAUGCCGGACCAACUGGUUACACACAUCCAGAGAGCAUUACUGGAUACAUUUCCAGAAUUGACAGUGGAGAACCUGCCCCUGUAUCUGGAGGUUAAAAAAAAACUUCUGCUGCUCUUUGUGGGAGAAGAGGAGAGUGGGAGGAAAGGGAACAAGAGAGUAUUGGAUGAUAUGAGGAGUCUGCUGAACACAGGACUGAUCAACCCCUACCUGCCCUGCUGGAUCCACCUGGGUCGUACCCCUGCAGGUAAGGCUGUCCUGGAGGCAUACCUGGGUUUCCUGCCCCUGCUUCCUGCCCUGGUGGUCUCCCAGCCGGCCACAGGAGGAGAGGUCUUCCACUACCCCACUGGCAGACCCUUCAUGGUACAGGCCAUUCUGCAGUGGCUGCAGAGAGUGGAGGAUGGUGAAGAACCACCUGCAGGUGUUAUUGUGGAUGAGAAAUGGAUGCCCUCCAUGCCCUUCUACGACUUCCUGUCCGUCAUGGACCAGGAAGUACCGGGCUAUGCCUCCCAGAGGAGCGCUAAGACAAAAACAAACUGGAUUGAGAGAGCAGAGGGAGAGAAAGAGAAGAGCAGCAGUGGUGGUGGUGGUGAAAGACAAGCCCGAACUGGAGCACACAACCCCCAAGGGUCACCCACCACCAAGCCUCCACAGACAUCUCACCACCACUCUGAGCUAUGAGGGGGGAUAGAGCAGCAGCCCUGACCUCUGAAAGCUGGAGGAAACCAAUGACUGCUUUGAUCAAAAUCACCUCUAACAGAUAAGCUACACUGAAGCUAUUAGAUAGUGAUGGCUUUAUGGGCUGUGAGAUCCACUGAGCCUCCUACUAUGUGGUUUAGCUGUUUUACAGUGCAUUGGGAAAGUGUUCACAUCCCUUGUCUUUUUCCACAUUUUGUUAUAUUACAGCCUUAUUCCUCAUCAAUCUACACACAAUACCCCAUAAUGACAAAGCAAAAACAGGUUUUUAGACAU